AUGCGGCUGCUUUACAGUACGUCCUUCAUCGGCCUGGCCUUCGCCGGGCCUGUCGCUGACAAAGCGCUAGAGAGAGUCAACGUGGUUUGUGAUGGCGUUAAGGACCCCAAGCUUGACAUUGAUGUUGAAGAUAAGAAGAAGGCUCUCGAUAAAUUCGUUGGUACCAACGUCAUUGAGAUGGUCAUAACCGACGAGCGAUGUCACAGUGACAACGACGACAUCUUGCAAGAGUGCAUUGACGAUAAGCGUGGUGAUUUCCAGUCCGCAGCUAAUCGUGUCGGUGGAGGCUUCACCCUCGCCUUCCUACUGCUUAUUAGCUGGAUCAUUGUUCUGCCCUGUUUCUUGUGCCGCUGUUGGAGGAAGGCCUGUUGUUGGUUCUGUCUCGGCGAGUCCAAGCAUGGUCUCCGCACGCCUAAGCAGACGAUUCGAUUCGCCUUCAUCAUCAUCGGCCUGCUCCUCGCACUAGGCCUCCUCAUCGCUGGCUCGGUCGCCAUCGCCUUGCAGGACACUAUGAGUAGCGGUGCCGAUGGAACCUUCUGUGAGGUGUAUAAGCUUGCUAACAACUCUCUCAACGGUUACCCUGGCGGAGAGUCUACUAUGGCGAAUGAUGAUCCCUUCAUUGGCCUCAUUCCUAUGAUAGACUCGGUCAAGGACAUCGUCGAGGAGGUAAACCCUAAUGGCAGUGGAGAGCUCAUGCCUGGCGUGGAGAACAUCCUACAACAGACCCGCACCCUGGACCGCGCUGUCGCUGACCUUACUGGUUCGUUGGAGAACAUGCUCGCAACCUUAGGGAAACCGGAGAACAUUCGUGUUGGCGAAUACACCUGUGUCUUCUGUGAUGCAUGCUGCGGGGGGCCGAACCCUUUAGUUGCCCAAGUCCUGGAUGAACUCAAGGGAAGUGCCGCCGGAGCACUCAACGAAGCCCGAGAUAGGGUUCGACAAGAGCUCUACGGUCAGAACCUCGCGACCCUUUAUGAGGAGGCUUCGUCGGCUAUACAGCCACUUGACGAAUUCCGUGACGUCUUUGAGGAUAAUAUCGGUGACGCACUCAUCAACAACGAGCAGGACAUACGCGAUGUGUUGGACAUUAUCAGCUCCGCCACACUCGGAUGGGCUGCCGGAGUCUUCCUCCCCAUACUGGCCUUCAUCCUCGUCAUUAUCGCAGGCUGCUUCAGGAAGCCCCCGGAGGAUCACACUGACAAGGUCAUGAUUCUGGCCUACUUUGAGGGUUCUAUCUGCAUGAUCAUACAUGACGUCCCUAAGAUCAUCAGCAUGUACGACGACAUUCAAGGCUUCACAAAUCGGGAUGGUCCGGUUCGUCAACUCCUGCCGUCCCUGCCCUCUCCACCUUCCGGCCGUUACCUUGCUUCCGAAGCCGAUGACGUUAAACAGUUCAUUGGUACAUGUUUGGACCCGGCCGGCAACGGUGACAUUUUGUCUGCUAUUACGGUGAGCGAUGGAAAGACCCUCCGAGACACGUUUAACGUUGAGGAGUUCAUAUAUAUCCCCUACUUCUGGUACUACAACAUAGCCAUGUAUAAAUAG